UUCAUUUUAGAUUGUGUUUUGAAAAUUUUGCUGAAAUUUGCAACAUUUUGUGAGUGAAAGUUUUGAGUGGAAGACUUACGGAAUUUUGUCGAGUUUCCAUGAAUCAGUUUGGAAGUUACCUGGCGCAAAUAUCAGUGUCAACUCCUAAGCAUAACAAAGUUGGACCAUCAAAAUCUAAUAAUGCACUCUUCGUUAGCUCUAACAGAGCCAAGGCUAAGGACCCAGACCCUGCUGAUAGCGAUAGCAAUGAUGAGAACCAGGAUCCGGGGCAGAGGCAUCUCGUGUCCGUCUGUUCUCCAAGAAAGGGUCGUCCAGUCGACUCGACGCUAGACGAGUCAUACUCUAGAAGUUCUCGAAGUCGAUGGAAUGAAACUGCCGAGGUGAUGGACUUCGAUGAACUUCCUCUGUUUAGAGCAACACCUCCAUCGGAUGAUGAAACAAACGCCACUGCUGUGACUUUGGAUUAUUUUGUCCGCAGAACAACUCUCGAAUUCCCAGCCAUUCUGCCAUGGAAAAAUCGGAAAAUGCCGUUGAAGUUCGAGAAUCCAGCAGACGUUGAGCAGACCGUCGAGUUUAAAAAAUGUCCGAACAAGAAAGGGUUUUCUCUUUUGAGAGUUUUUAACAGCGAUGUCGUUGAAAGCAAUUGUGUGAAAAGUGAGGAAUCCUAUAUCCUACGUGUUCCUGCCGGGAUGUCAGUUGUACAGUAUUUACAAUUUACACCACCACCUGAGUCUGCUAAAACUGAAGUUGUGAAAAGCUACGGCGAUGUGUGGUAUUUCUAUGUGAGCGCAAGUUACUGGGUCAAAUUGGUACUUGUGGCGAAAGUCUUGCCGGUUCCGAAGAAGCCUAAAAAGCGAAUUGCGAUUUGGACCAAGGCACCUAAAAUACCGGUGAAAUCAAUAUCACGAGGAGUGCUAAAACCCAUUACGCAAUCGCCCAUGCUGAACAAAAAGCAAAAUCAUCAGCAAAGUACUUUAGGCAGUACUUAUUCAAAGUUAAAAGAAAUUGAAUGUGAUGAGAGAAAUAUUCUGGUCCAGCCGAGUUCAAGUCAGUCAAAGCCUGUUAACAAGUCGGCGACAAAGCGAGCGGCUUCUCGGACUAUUUCGGACACGGGGAGUCCAGAUACGCGAGACAGCAAGUUGAAAAAACAGCCAAAAAUUGUUCAAACUGAACCAAAUUGGCGAGGCGUUGUUUUAAGAAACUCUUCGUCAGUUAGAAGGAAAAAAACGGGUACUCAAGAAACAGAUACCAAAAAAUCUUUCAAAUCUGCAAUAAAAUCGUCGCCGUUAUUACGAAGAAAACCGAGCGCAAAAGAGAAAAAAGUUGCCAAUGGUAGUGAAAUUUGUGAAAAAAGUACUCAAGUUGAAGGGUUAACUGGUAGUUGUGAUCAAAAUUCCGACGAAAUAUGUAGUGAAAAAGUUCAUGAAGCAAGUACUCAAGUGGUUAAUAAAUUUGAUCGAAAUACUGAACAAAUGGGUGGUGAUCAUUCUGACAAAAAUUCACAAGACUCUUUGGUUGUUACACGUGAACAAAAUAACGGCGAAUUAUGUGGAGUUCAUGCAGCAAGUACUCAUGUGGCUAUCAAAGGUGAUCAAAACGCUGAACAAAUUGGUGGUGAUAAUUCUGAAAAAAGAACUAAAGUAGACGUUGUGAUUCUCACAGGUGAACAAAAUAACGGCGAAUUAUGUAGUGAAGUUCAUGCAGCAAGUACUCAAGUGACUAUGAAAGGUGAUCAAAACGCUGAACAAAAUGGUGGUGAUAAUUUUGAAAAAAGAACUAAAGUGGACGUUGUGAUUCUCACAGGUAAACAAAAUAACGGCGAAUUAUGUAGUGAAGUUCAUGCAGCAAGUACUCAAGUGACUAUGAAAGGUGAUCAAAACGCUGAACAAAAUGGUGGUGAUAAUUUUGAAAAAAGAACUAAAGUGGACGUUGUGAUUCUCACAGGUAAACAAAAUAACGGCGAAUUAUGUAGUGAAGUUCAUGCAGCAAGUACUCAAGUGGCUAUGAAAGGUGAUCAAAACGCUGAACAAAUUGGUGGUGAUAAAUCUAAAAAGAGAACUAAAGAAGACGUUUUGGUUGUUACAUGUGAACAAAAUAACGGCGAAUUAUGUAGUGAAGUUCUUGCAGCAAGUACUCAUGUGGCUAUCAAAGGUGAACAAAACGCUGAACAAAUUGGUGGUGAUAAUUCUGAAAGAAGAACUAAAAAAGACGUUUUGGUUGUUACAGGUGAACAAAAUAACGGCGAGUUAUGUAGUGAAGUUCAUGCAGCAGGUACUCAAGUGGCUAUCAAAGUUGAUCAAAACGCUGAACAAAUUGGUGGAGAUAAUUCUGAAAAAACAAGUAAAGUAGACAUUUUGGUUGUUACAGGUGAACAAAAUAACGGCGAAUUAUGUAGUGAAGUUCAUGCAGCAAGUACUCAAGUGGCUAUCAAAGGUGAUCAAAACGCUGAACAAAUGUUUGGUGAUAAAUCUGAAAAAAGAACUAAAGUAGACGUUUUGAUUCAUACAGGUGAAAACAAUAAUGGCGAAUUAUUUAGUGAAGUACAUGCAGCAAGUACUCAAGUGGCUAUCAAAGGUGAUCAAAAUACUGAACAAAUGGGUGUCUAUAGUUCUGAAAAAAGAACUAAAGUAGAUGUUUUGAUUCUUACAGGUGAACAAAAUAAUGGCGAAUUAUUUAGUGAAGUACAUGCAGCAAGUACUCAAGUGGCUAUCAAAUGUGAUCAAAAUACUGAACAAAUGGGAGGUGAAAUUUUUGAAGAAAGAAGGCAAGUUCAAGGGUUUACUUCUAAUGCAAGUGGACAAAAAAGUGACCAAAUGGAAAUUGAACUUGAAAAAAGUGCCCAUAAAAUACAGACCUGGUGGCGAGGGCGGAAGCAGCGUAUUAAGUAUCUUAGGCUCAGAUCAAUGACGUUACAUAUACAAGCUUUUGCUAGGGGAUAUUUGGAGCGUUCUUCGUUAUUUGACGAUAAAAGGGCGGGCGAUACUUUAUACAGGUAUUACCUAAACGCUGUUAAAAAUUCUGGAGUUGAAAAUUUGGAGAGCUUGGGUUCAUAUAGCGACCAGUUGAAAUAUUUUGUCGAAGAGAAAGCAGCUUAUAAAAUUGCGGAUUACUUGAAGUGUUUAUUAAAAUCAAGACAGGCAAGAGAUGAAUUUAUUGCAAAACGCAGAGCUGCGGUUGUGAUUCAGAAUGCGUUUCGAAAUUAUAAAUCCAUUAAAGCCGCGAGACUUUAUUUGAACCUGGUGAGAGAGAAGAAAAAUCAGGAAAUGGUUGCAGAACGAAAGAAUACAGAAGAAAAAGCAGCGAUUUUGAUUCAAAAAGGUCUUCGCUCUUACAUCAAUACCAAACAGACAAGGAAUAGAUUUAUAGUUCAAAAAUGUGCUGCAAUUAUAAUUCAGAGAGCUGUCCGCGCAUUUUUUACAAGAAAAAGAAACAUUGAAAUUCAACAACGCCGAAGAUUAUCAGCUAAUGUAAUUUCCUCAUGGUACAGAGCCAGAAGGGAAAUUUGCGUCGCAAGACGAAAUUACAGAUUAAAAAUAGAGAAAAUUGUUCAGUUACAGAGCCUAGUUAGGGGAUAUUUAUUCAGAAAGGAGUUGAAAAGAAGAACUGAAGCAGCAAUUGUUAUUCAGGCGAAGAUUAGAUCUAAUUUACAGAGGCGGAACUUCCUGAAAUUGAAAUCAGCUUGUAUGAAGAUACAGCGAAUAUUUCGCGAUAAACAAGCUGAUAAGCUUCAUGAACAUGAGAUUUAUUUGGAAAAGGUCGUUUUGGCGCAGAAUUGUGUUCGAAAAUUUAUAGCUCGGAAGAAAUUCGAAAGAAUGUGCUCGGUUAUCGAACCUGUUAAAAAGUCGUUUGUGGAAAUUCGAAGUGCAAUUAUUAUUCAAAGAAAAUUCAGAAAAGUUCGAGGUAAAUUGUUGCUGAGAUAUUACACUACCAGGUUACAUCGGUCGGCCCUGAAAAUACAACGUCUAUGGCGCGGGUACUGUUUACGGAGGGAUUUAGAGUAUUUCAGGGAAAACGUUAUCACAAUUCAAAGAGCAUACCGAAAUUACAAAGAAUGCAAAGAUCUGAAAAUUGAAUUGGAAACAAAAAUGAAGUCAGUUAUAAAAAUUCAAAGCGCAUGUCGUGGAUUCAUUGUUAGAAAGAAUUUCAAUCUACCCAAAAUGAAACAAGCUGUUAAAGUUAUUUGGAAGUUUUACACGGAUAACAAAGAAGGAUAUAUACAAAGGAGAACAGAACUGAGAGCUGCUAUCAAGAUUCAAAGUAUCUGGAGAGGUUACAGAACUCGAAGUGCAAACAGGGUUCCCGAACUACCGGACAACAACUCGGAGCAGCAGCAUCAUCAUCAUCAUCAACAACAACAACAACAUAACAUCGACCAUGUAGUGGCCGUCUCUUGCCAUUCGCCGACGGAAGCAGAAAAGAAACAGCGCCGUCUUUCUGAAAUCUACUCCAACCUAAGAAGUCUGGAUCCAGAUAGUCUCCCGUUGAGGGCUAGAAUGGCAACUGGAUUAGCCAAUUUGUUGAACUUGAACAUGGUGUCUAAAAUCAUACCGGUGCUGUCUGAUAUUGAAGUGUGUACUCGCUGGAGUGAAGCAUGCUGUAUCCAGUUCACUACUGCAACUGUAAGCGAUAGAUCUUCCUUAACCAACGGAUCUGACCACCAUCCGAACCAUCAUCAUCACCAUCAGAAUCAUUCAGCCAUUCGAUCUCCAGAACCGAAUAGUGACAAUGAGUGUGCUAAUCCGACAAGCGUGUUGAUUGAAUUAAUGGAGCGUUGUUGUAGAUCGGUAGCUGAUCAGGAUAUUCUGCUGCUAUGUGUGCAGAUAUUCAUCAAUGUUGUCAAGGUGAAAACAUGUCAAGACAGUCUGAAAAAGGAUCAACGUCUGUUUCCCUUUCUCCUCUCACAACUGGGAAAGAAUAACCCCUCUGCCUGCAAGGGAACAUCGGCUGCGAAGUUGUACUGCCACACCUGUUUCCUGCUCCAGAUACUUUUGCACUUCCAACAAUGCCAGAAGAUUGCCAAGAGCUAUUCGAGACUCAUCGAGAAACUGCGCCGACAACAUCAGUCCGAAGCUAUCAAAGAAAGGAACAUCCAGAAAUCUCAUGCGCAACAUUCAAUUUCAUCAUCGUCAACUACAGCUGCUACGCCGGGAAUAAAAGGGGGAACUGGAAAGAAAAAAGGUGUCCAGAAAUUGGCUUUCAAUCUGAAACAUGUUCAUCCAGCUUGGGAGUUGAAGCAAACCAGACUAGAACCUUGUACUAGUGUAGUUAUGGCCUUAGAAGCGUUUCUGGAGCAGUUGAAAAUAACUUUUGAUCGGACGUGUUAAUUUUCUGAUUGUGCUGUCGAGGUCAAAAUAUUAAUUAAAAUGGAUAUUUUGUAUCGCACAAAAAACACUAGAACAUUCACUAAUUUUUUUCUUAUUGCAAUAUCUUUGCAUUGUAACUCCGAAAAAUUCGUUCAUUUAUUCUUAGAGUAGAUUUGAGAUGCAGAGCUGUUAAUGAUAAAUUGAACGGCAAAAUUGAAUUGAAAAUAAUGAUUAUGAUGUUUUUUAGUUUUGAAGUGAAUAUUUAAUUGAAUUUUAAACAGAUGUGAUCAACGUUUAUUUAUACGAGCUUGAAAAACUUCAUUGUCUCAAGCUUCGAAUACAAUGAAGGUUGUGCAAUUGAGCUAUUCAAUGUUUCUUCAUUCAAUUAGUAGGAGCUUUCAGUUUGGAGAGAUAAUUAAAGCUAGUUUGAACGUGUAAGUUAACUAACACUUAUUGUUGUUUGAGUUCUUGGCAAGUGUGUUGAAUUAAAUUUUAACAAUUU